AUGGUUGCGACGUUGCCUGCCCGUAUCGCCGUGUUCACGGGCUUGGUUGCAGUUGCUCUGACGCGUUUGCGAGAGCGGGAGGCGAGGGAAGAAGAAGCGAGGGAGGAGGGGGAGGGGGAAGAGGGAGAGGAGGGAGAGGAGGGAGAGGAGGGAGAACAGGGUGGGGGCGUGGCGCUGGGGCUGGUGGAGGGUGCUGAGCAGGCAGAGGAGGAGACGAGGGCUCACAGGGAUGAGGAGGAAGAGCAAGGCGAGAAGGAGGGCGAGGAGGAGGGUGGAAGUGGAGGAGAGAGGGUUGAAGAGAGCAACAAGGCGGGUGCAAGUGCAAGUGAUGCGACGGGGGUGGGCGGCAGUGCUGACGUGCCGUUGGAUGGUGAUGAUGAGGCGGAGGCUAGAAGAAGAAUCACGGCAUCCGCCAGGGGGAGUGGCAGGAGGGUGAAGCGGAAGCAGCAGAGGCAAGGGAAUGAGGGAGCCGGCGGUGAUACUGCUGAGCACAAGCGAUCAAAGCGGAGGAGGAUUAAAAAAGAUUGA